AUGGCUGCUCUCUCUGCCUUGCUGAAGAGCUGGGUAAUACUGCAGACCCUGUGCCUGGCUCUGGCCCAAGUGAGGGGUCCACCUGGACCUCAGGGUCAGCCUGGCCCGCCAGGCCCUUCUGGUACUCCUGGGUCCGACGGCAUUGAUGGUGACAAAGGACCCCCUGGCCCUGCUGGUGCACAAGGGCAGAAGGGAGAGCCUGGUGAGCCCGGUCCUGAUGGAGCACCAGGAGAAAAUGGCAUUGAUGGUUUGAUUGGAGCAAAGGGAGAUCGGGGUCCCGUUGGAAGCCCUGGGCCUAAGGGUCAGCCUGGACCAAGUGGCGAGCCUGGUGCUCCAGGACCCGGCCUUCCAGGACUGGCUGGUGCCCCUGGGCCAAUUGGUCUUCCUGGUGAGAUUGGAGCAACUGGACCUAAGGGUGUCAUGGGACCCCCUGGACCUCCGGGACUCCCCGGGCCUCCUGGCAAGCCGGGUCCUCCAGGAAAAUUCCUUGGUGGAGAGGAGGGCAGUGCUGACAUCCUGUGUCCACUUAACUGUCCAGCAGGACCCAAAGGCCCUCAAGGACUGCUGGGAGUCAAGGGACACAAAGGACGUGCUGGUAUCAUUGGAGACCCUGGUAGCAUAGGAGUAUCGGGCCUCAAGGGAGAUACUGGCAUCUCUGGGGAACAGGGCAUCCCAGGACCUCCGGGUCCAAUGGGUCUGAGGGGCUAUCCAGGAAUGAUGGGCCCUAAGGGGGAGGCAGGGCCUCGUGGUUACAAGGGCAUCACAGGACCCGCAGGCAUUCCCGGGCCCCCAGGUGAGGAGGGACCUCAGGGACCACCUGGAGAAGCAGGAGAGAAGGGAGACACAGGCAGCCAAGGUAUCCAGGGCCCACAGGGUGCAGUUGGCAAAAAGGGAGAGAAUGGCCUGCCCGGUAUUGAUGGAAAGGACGGUACACCGGGCAUUCCUGGAAUCAAGGGCGGCCCUGGGCAGGCUGGGAUGCCUGGUCCUCCCGGUCAUCAGGGAGCAGCGGGAUUGCCUGGCAGCCCAGGGACAAAGGGUGGACCUGGAGCUAAGGGAGAGCCUGGGCCUAGGGGACAUGUUGGAAUGUCUGGAGCCCCUGGACCUCAGGGUGAGCCUGGCCUUCCUGGUGAGGCUGGUAUGGAAGGAGUUCCUGGACCCAAGGGUGACAGAGGCCAGAGGGGACCAGUUGGGCCACAGGGAGUAGUUGGCAAGGCUGGGUCUAAAGGAGAGAGAGGACCUAUUGGUGUUCCAGGUGCCCAGGGCCUCCCUGGAACCAAGGGAGAUAAGGGAUUCCAAGGAAAAGUUGGGCCAAAGGGAGACUUUGGUGACCCUGGCGUUGAGGGUUUGGCUGGUGAGAAAGGUGAAAAGGGUUUGUCUGGUGAACCUGGACCUAAAGGACAGCAAGGAGUGAGGGGUGACUCUGGACACAACGGGCCUACCGGAGACCCUGGUAAACCAGGAGACCAGGGACCACCAGGACUGCCUGGUCCUAGGGGACUCAACGGAGAGAGAGGAGUACCAGGCAUGCCAGGCAUUCAGGGACCAUCGGGACGGGAUGCCUCUGACCAGCAUAUCAUCGAAGUGGUGCUGAAGAUGUUGCAGGAGAGGCUAGCAGCAGUAGCAGUGAGUGCUAAGAGGGCUGUACUUGGUGGAGCAGGUGUAAUGGGACCUCCAGGCCCUCCUGGACCUCCAGGGUCUCCUGGACCUCAGGGGCCACAUGGUCUCACUGGGGCUCGUGGUAUCCCCGGCAUGAUUGGAGCCGCUGGACAGAUUGGAAACACAGGACUCAAAGGAAAGAGAGGGCCAAAGGGAGAGAGAGGAGAUCCUGGCCGACCCCACCCAGGACAACCUGGACCUCCAGGAAUACCAGGUCCUCCUGGUAUUGAUGGCGUGGCUCGGGAUGGCAGGCCUGGUGAGAGAGGCCCUCAGGGAUCACCCGGACAGGCUGGUCUCCCCGGCAAGGCCGGCCCGUCAGGUCUCCCAGGCUUCUGCGAGGCGGCAAUGUGCCUGGCUGCGUCGGCGUACACAUCCCCUAGACUACAGGAGGCUGGAAGGAUCAAAGGACCCAACGUCUAGAGACCUUUCUCUCCAUCAGCAGCUCAACAACACCCGGGAGAAAGAGAGAGAGGUAAAGAGAGAGAUCGAGGGAGACACAGAGAGAGAGAGCACUCGUCUCUCAUUGGAUAACAUCGAGAGUAAGGGGCGGGGGGGGCAGUAUCGUGGUGACCGGACGUUGCCCCAUGCUGAAACGGACAACCUUAAGUUCUGUUUGGUGGGACACACUCUGAUGAUAAGCCCCCACAUCAUUAUGCCAACAGCAGCUGACAGCUCUUCUCUAGAGGACUGGAUGAUGUCAGUGUCAGUCACAUCCGAAUAUCCUAGCACCCCCCUACCCCCGCCCCCAGCAGUGAAAGAGGGACACUUUAUAUUACAUUUCCUUGUCACCCACAAUGCCAACUGUAACUAUGAACUGCGAGGGCCACAAAACCAAGUCUGAGCCCAGCAGAAGGUGCUUUUCUUGUAUACCGUGGUGACUGUCAAUGGUAUGGUUUUAUGUACGCAGUAUUAUGCUGAGAUAUGGUGAGUUAAAAUACCCUGCUUAUCCUAUGACAUCACACCUGAUGCCUUAAAAGUGUACUAAAAGGACCAAUAAAUGAUUGCAAUCUAAAUUUACACUCAGUACUGUACUGUACCUUUGUGGUAUUGAACCUCCACAUCUGUAAGCUUGAGUGAAAUCCCUGUCUUACCUCAUGUGUACAUUGGCCCCCUCCCCCAGCCCCCCCUCUUUCCUACACAAGUCUCAUUUGAGAAACUAACGACUAGCUUUAUCUCUUCCUCUUGUUGCCUGGCAACAGCAUAUCCCGAUGGGCACUCCCAUCUCCCACAAUGCAGUGCUGUAAAUCUUUGUAAAUGUGUGUUGAUUAUUAUGUAGAGAAAAACGAAUGGGUUACGAUAUGCACCGACAAAAAUCCUGUGUUAAUGAAUUCAAUCAGUAAUAAAAAAAGUUCCUACAGAAAUAAGUGCUCUUUCCCAAACGAAUCAGUCACAGUCAGAAUGUGCUUCCUAUGCCACUGUCAACUUUCCACAGGGUGUCAACGAUUUUCUAAGAACUGAUUUUUUUCAUUAACAGAAGCUAUUUAUUGUUCUUUAUAUGAAUCAUCUGUAAAGAAAGAGAGUUUUUUUUUUUCUUUUUUUUUCUUGGCUGUUCAGUUUAACCCGAACAAAUAAAGAGGAACCUUUUGUAAAAUCCAAUGUUCUUCUGUAUCAUGUGGGGAAUGGAAAAAAAAGUCUCACCUCCUUAGGCUCAGUAUCAUUUCAUUUCUCCUAUCCUGAAUCUUUGGCAGUAUCAGUUCAAUUAUCUAUUGCUGCGUGUAAUAAAAUCUCCUGCUCCCGAA